UGUAGAGGGCCAUUUUCCUUGCCACAAAACCUCCGCCGACUGCAGCCAGGUGUAUGGCGGAAGGGGACUGGGAGACUCCUAGGGGAUGGGGGUCUCGGUGAUGAUGGUGCCCCCGAUCUGGUACAGUCUGGGAGAGGAAUUUGGCGGCUAGUUCCAAAUCCAGCUCGGAACGCAGCUCAUUUUGAAAACUUCUAAAAUGAAAAUCUAAGACGAGAACCAUUUGUUUGGGAGAUUUGAUCCUAGAAGGCUGCCAUGGCAGGAAACCACGGAACUAUCAAGGGAGCGUCCAACUUCAGUGCAGAUGCUGAUGCCCAGAAACUCCGCAAGGCCAUGAAGGGGCUGGGUACAGAUGAAGAUGCCAUUAUUGAUGUUUUGGUUAACAGGAAUUUGUCCCAACGGCAGGAAAUUAAGAUUACCUACAAGUCCACAAUUGGGCGGGAUUUGAUUGACGAUUUGAAGUCUGAGUUGAGUGGGAAUUUUGAGAAGGCUAUUGUUGGACUGAUGACCCCCAUCACUCUGUAUGAUGUACAGGAACUGAAAAGGGCCAUAAAGGGGGCUGGAACAGAUGAGGGUUGCCUGAUAGAAAUCCUGGCUUCUCGUACCAAUGAGGAAAUCAGACGGAUCAAUGAAACCUACAGACAUCAAUACGGAGUUAACCUUGAGGAGGACAUUGUCUCUGAUACCUCCUCCAUGUUGCGGAGAGUCCUGGUAUCUCUUGCAACUGGCAACAGAGAUGAGAGCAACUAUGUUGAUGAGGGCCUGGCCAAGCAAGAUGCCCAGUGUCUGUAUGAAGCUGGGGAGAACAGGUGGGGAACUGAUGAGGCUCAGUUCAUGACUAUCCUGUGUACAAGAAGCAGAAGCCACCUAUUAAGGGUGUUUGAUGAAUACAGGAUGAUUGCUAACAAAGACAUUACAGAGAGCAUUAAAUCUGAGAUGAACGGAGAUCUUGAGGACGCCUUGCUAGCGAUAGUAAAAUGCACAAGAAAUAAGAUUGCCUACUUUGCUGAAAGGCUGUACAAAUCCAUGAAGGGUUUAGGGACAGAUGAUGACACCCUCAUUCGAGUGAUGGUCUCUCGCUGUGAGAUUGACAUGAUAGAUGUUAAGGCGGAGUUCAAGCGGAUGUAUGGAAAAUCCCUCUACUCCUUCAUUAAGGGAGACACCUCAGGAGACUACAGGAAAGUUCUGCUCCAUCUGUGCGGUGGUGAAGACUAACCACCAAAUGGCUCCUUGCCUUCUUAUGCAGGUGGGCAUUAUGUCUCAUGCGACCUGCAGUCUCAUCCUCUUGCGACAGUGCUUCUCUUGAUGCAAACAGUGUCAGUUUUGCAUCGUGCUAACCUAGAUUUUGCAAAUUAGAUAUAGGUUGAAAUAGGUUUGGAAAGAAUUUUUCCCUCCUUGGUAGUAGGCGGUGAAUAUGCAGUAUAGGAAAUAUGAGACAACCAUAAAUCUUUGUGUUCUGGCUUUUAAAGUUUUUUUGUUGUUGCAUAGUGGAGACUUUCAAAUUUCUAGCAGAUCCUUUUGACUACAAUUAAUUUCUCUGUACACCUCACUCUUGAAAGGGUUGCAUGGAAGGGGCUUCUGACAUCUGGGGCAAUCUUAGAGGUUAGCCUUCCCCAGCCUGGUGCCCCCCAGAUGUUGCUGGAUCACACCUCCCAUCACUCCUGAUCAUUGGGCACACUGCUUGGAGUUGAUGAGGCUUGUAGUCCAAGAUAUCCUGAGGGCACCAGCUUGGGGAAGGCUCUCCUAAGUAUUAUGUAUUAGCCAGCCUUUCCUCUAGGAUACCAGCGUUUUAUGGAUGAAUGGGUAGUGGUGGAUUUGAACCCUUGGUCUUACUACAUCUGGUAAUGGAAUGCCCCAUUGGGUUUAUUUCCUGCCUUAAUCCCCAGAAGAGGCCAACAAUGCAGGGCAGGGUAGAGCAAAGGCUGCCAGGUCCCCAAAGAGCAGGUGCUGGCAUCUUCUUUAAUUUUUUAAAUCCUUUUUAGGGUGUGGCAUUUUGAAGAGGAGAACUGGCGGCUGCAACUCCUGCUGUCUCAAUUUCCCCAGAAUGCCUUUGGACCCCAACCCAAGGCCCAAAGGCAUUCUGGGCAAAUGAAAAUGGUGGCAACUGCUUCACUUGGUGCUUCUCCUCAUGGGACUUGGCUCCCUGUAACUACCCACCCAUUGUUGGCAUUUACCGGUCAGGGUUGUUUUUCCUAAAAGACAUCGAGGGGUUAAGUGUACACAGUUUACAGCAGGCAGCAGCAGCCGGUGAUUAACAGCCCAAGGCCAUAUAACCCAGAAGCAGAGAACUGUUCAGUGUGGAGGUGUUAGUCAAUGGGAAGUAAAGAGGAAUGGGAUUGUGCUACAUGUAUAUGUCUUCUGAAGCAAUAAAAAAGCAUUACUAAACUAAACUAGUCCAGACUCUGUGGCGAAAGGGCAAAACGCUUCUCAGCAUUCAAACGCUGCGCAACACCCAUAGCAUCACCGCUGGGGCUGCAAUCCUAUAUUGCAUACUUUCCUGGGAGUAAGUCCAGUCAGUGCAGACACAGGUAUGGGGAGACAUAGGGGAAUGCUGCUUGCAUCUUUUUUUAAAUUGCUAAAUUUAGUAAAUCUAGGUAUGCCUAGUCCAGCCUAUUGCUUAGUUCCAGUAGUCAGUUGGUCUUAGUUCCCAUUUAUGUAUAGCAGUUUAUAUUAAUUCCAGUUAUUCGGCCCUUUUUAAAAAGGCCAAGUACUUGUGGAGAAAAAUGAGGGCAGUUUUUACAAGACUGAGGUUGAGAGCUUGUUGUGUUACGGUACCCGCAAUGCUUUAGUCUUCCCUCCCUCUAGCUGUUCUGCACGUUCUUAGCAAAACAUGUUACACAUGACACAUACUUUGAAUAGAAUAUCUGUAUCCAGAGCAGAACAUGCCAGCAACGCAAAUGAGUGCUGUUUUGGGAGUGUUUAACAAAAUUCCUCCUCUGCUGUUCUGUAUAUGGCCCUGGGGAUUCUAAAUUGCCUCAUGUCUUUAUAUAUUCAGUUGCAAUAAAAAAUACACCUUUUUGUGCCUUUCUUGUAAAAUGCAAAAAAGUUAGCAUCAGGCUAUUUCUUACGUCUUGGUGCAAAACCAUAAUUGGUAUCAGCAGAAUUACCUGACUAUAUAUAAAAUUUAAAAUGGGUGCAGGAACUUCUGACUUUGUUUGGAGCAGUAGCAUGAAGGUGUUUAAAUCCUCUUCUUUACUGUUUCCUGGAUCAGAAUUGCUCUCCAGUGCUUCUGUUAGCUGUUGUGGUUUCAUCCACUAAUUGCAAAAGGAACUCCUUAUCAUACUUUUUUGUAGCCUGUUGUAAUAUUGGAAUACAAGCUGGUCCUAGUGUCACUUGCUACUCAGGGCAGAGAGGCCUGCCAUUUGAAGCCCCACUUACAAUUUACCUUUGUUUUGCGUUUGUGUGAAUUGGUUUGCUUCUGAAAAAAUGAGAAUGAACCUGAACCUCGGGUCAGGUUCCACCAUCUUCUCAACCAGCUCCCGUCCAGAACCUGACCCAGACUUCAGAUUAAAUGGGAAACUUCUGUCAUUGAAUGAAUGAAUGAAAAUGAAAUUGUGAAUGUUGGCCAGGGAUGAAAACUGGAAGGCCAUUGCAAAAAAUGUGGUAAUGCAACAGGUUGAAAUGGCACCAUGCUGCUUGAUUUCCAGUUUAAUAAACUAAAUUGGUUUGAUGUGAA